AUGAUGAUGAAGCUGUGGACAGUGCUGGUGGCUGUAGUGCUGUGUGUGCUGGUGUGUCUGGGAACACUGGCGGACGCCUACCCACCCAAACCUGAGAACCCCGGUGAAGAUGCCGCGCCCGAAGAGCUGGCCAAGUACUACACCGCCCUGAGACACUACAUCAAUCUGAUCACAAGGCAGAGGUAUGGAAAGCGCUCAGCUCAGGAGGAUGUGGUCGCAGAGCUCCUGUUUGGUGCCGACAGUAACAGAGACCAGAGAUCAAGAUAUGAUGAUUCCAACAUGUGGUGA